GAGGAGGAAGCUUUGGAGAAGGCCCGGGCAGAGGAGGCAGCGGAGGAGAAGCGCAAGCAGGAAGAGGAGGCUCUCGCAACAGCCCGUGCAGAACAAGAGGAGAGUGCGCGGAUGGAGCAGGAGCGGCAAAGAGAGGAGGAGGAAGCUUUGGAGAAGGCUCGUGUGAAGGAGGCAGAGAUGCGCAGAGCGAAGGAGGCGGAGGAGCGGGCGGAGAGGGCGAAGGAAGAGGAAAGGCGCAUCGAGGAGAAGCGACGAGAGGAAAAGGCUCGACUCGAGGAGGCACGGCCCGCAACUCCACCCAUGCAGAUGGCUUCGACACUGAAGUCCUUGGUGCCAUUGGUGUCCCGGCCAGUGGAGUUGGAGGCGGCGCAGCCUGUUUGGAAGCGGACCUGGGAUGGCUGCCAGCUCUGGGAGUGCGUUCUGGAAAAGCGGUCCGAGACAGACAGGUUCGGCUUUUCCCACUGCAGCGGGAAGAAGGAGUACUUCAAGGCACUGGGCGUGUCGGAAAAUGCAACAGAUGUGGCGGGCCCCGAGGUUCUUUUCAUUCGCAAAGUUGGUGGCGAAGGAUUGCUCUUCUCAUGGAACGAGGCGCACCCAGACGCCGUCAUCCAGCCAGGCGACCGGAUCAGCAAAGUCAACGGGCAAACAACUGUAGAUUCCAUGGCUCAGGAGCUACGAUCGAGCAAGGUUUGCAUCGAGGUGAUGCGAUACCCAGAGGAGUUCGAGGUGUCUCUUUCCAAGAAAGCAGAUACCAACAAGAAGCUAGGAUUCAAGUUCGAGAAGCCAAGCAAUGAGAAGGUCCGUGACCUCAAGAUCACCGAGGUGAGUGCCGAAGGCCAUGUGCCCGAUCGCAACGAGCAGAUGGUCGCUAAGCAAAGGUUUCACUGCGUGGUCACCUUGGGGAUGCGUAUCAUUCGGGUAAAUUCCGUGGAGGGCGAUGCACACCUCAUGAAGGAUGAGCUGAAAAAUGCGCACGACCUGACAAUCCGCGUCCGCCGGGCAGAGGUCUAUGCGCUCCAGAAGGCAAGGAUGGUGAAGCAGGCCCAGAUCCUAGCAUCUCUGUCUAACCUGUCGGCGACGAUGAGGAUGGGCAGCAGCAACCAGCUUUUGGGUGUGUAG